AUGGCAGCAAUCUGGGUGCUCGGGGCUGCCGUCCUCGCCCAGGCACUUGUUGCAGCUCUCCGUACUACCGACACACCACAUCAGCGUGCCGCUGAGGAUCAUGCCGCUCGGGGACUCCAUCACCUGGGGCAGCCUGAGCAGCACCGGCAACGGCUACCGGGGCCCCCUCGAGGGUUCCUUUCUGCCGCUGGGGUCGACGUCGACUUCAUCGGCACGCGCAAGCACGGCUCGAUGGCUGACAAGGACAACCAGGGCCACUCGGGCUCCUUCCUCGCUGAGAUUAAGGAAUGCUCGUUGCUGUCUGUGGCGGCGCGGCCCAACAUUAUCCUCCUGCACGCCGGCACAAACGACAUGGAUCUCAACCGGGACGUCGCCACGGCUCCGAACCGUCUCGCGGCUAUCAUCGACCAGUUGCUGGACAAGUGCCUGGACGCCAGCAUCCUCCUCGCGCAAAUCAUCUUCUCCACCGACGCGGCCAUGCAGGCGCGCACCGACAUCUACAACGCCGCCAUCGCCGACUUCGCCCGCCGGUACCAGGAGCAGGGCCGCCACGUCAUGGCCGUCGACAUGACCAAGAUCCUCACGCAGACCGACCUCGCGUAUAAGAAGCACCCCAACGACUCCGGGGACUGCAAGAUGGCCUCCGCCUGGCGCGACGUGAUCCAAAAGGCCAACGACGCCGGGUGGAUCAAGAAGCCGGAGCCUUAUGAAGGCUUCGGCUUCGACCUCGGCCUCGACGGCACCCCCAGCACCGGGAAGCUUUGCGAGGGCCCAAACUGGGUCAACCAGGGUACAGUCGCCGAUUUGAUCCGUGUGUGGGACCCGGAGGGGCAGGAGACGGUCGUGUUUGGGGACGUGGACGGCGACGGCCGCGAUGAUUACCUGGUUGUGUUUGGCGAUGGGUCCGUUAAAGCGUGGCGAAAUGCGGCCAACAUCCCUGCCGCCGGCAAGAAUCGAAACUGGGAACAACUCGGGACAACCGCCACCGGAGUUGGCGAAGCGGGUUUCAAGGUUCGGUUCGCCGACAUUGAUGGCGAUGGCAGCGUUGAUUAUCUGAUUCUGUACGACGGCGGCGCGGUUAAAGCGUGGCGAAACUCGGGUAUCAUUGGGACGAGCAACACAAGGCGCAAGUUUGAAGAGCUCGGCACCAUCGCCACCGGAGUCGGCGAGCCCGGGUCCAAGGUCCGGUUCGCGGAUGUCGAUGGCGACGGGCGGGCGGACUACCUGGUGCAGGCUGACGACGGAUCGAUACGCGCAUGGAGGAAUACUGGCAAUCUCAACAGGGUCGAGGGGAGCAGAAACCUUGAGGAGCUCGGCCAGAUUGCCGCUGGAGUAUCCGGGGUUCCGGGCUCCAAAGUAGCCUGGCGAAUUACGACGAGUAGGGGAUGGUCUUGCCGACUACCUUGUGACUUGGGACGGCGGGUCAGUCGAAGCGUGGAGAACAACGGUGAUCUGGAGAAGCAGCCCGAGCUGCCGAGCUGGGAGAAGCUCGGGGUUAUUGCGGCUGGUGUCAGCAAUCAAGGGCGUGUCGAGUUCGGGGAUCUAAACGGAGACAAGAAGGCAGACUAUCUCAAUGUCGACCGCGAAACAGCCGCUGUGCGCGCCUACAUCAACCAGUGUGCCGGCAGUACGGACCCGAACGUCGUGAACCCCGGGACUGGCGGAUCCAAAUCCCCCGAGUGGGAGACCAUCGAGUGCACAAACCCCGUCAUCGUAGACGCGGCCAUCAAUCCGACCACACAAUGGAACGGCGUCUUUGCACCGCAGGCGUGGGAAGCGGUAGUCCAAAAUUGGACGACGAAUCGCAGCCCCGGAGGACUCUCCUUCUCAGAACAAGUCAGCAACUUCUUCCACGGGCCGGAGCACAUGAAAUGCCACUUAAAUGCGGACAACAACGGGUGCACCUCGUUUGUCCAGUGUCACGACACCAAUCACCCUGCGGGCUAUUUCAUCCUGAACUCCAUGACUGCUCUUAAUAACGCUCAGAUGGUCUGGAACUUCUACGACGGCAUCGUCCGGUCGCAGGUCAAUAUUGUCGCUACUGCCGACAGCGUACAAAAGACUUUUGCCGUACUACCUCGCAGUUCGCAAGUUGACAAGAUCUUGCUCGACAUCAUUGGCCUCGGAUUCGCCUUGGGCGCUGCCCCCAUGUGGAACAUGGCUCUCAAGAGGAUUCCGUACUUCGCGGCCAACGGAAACGAACUCGGAACUCUGAAGGACUUGGUGAACAACAUCGUGGCGAGCACCAUCACAAUCGUCAAAGACAAGAUGCCAACAACACCAGCCGACAUUAGCAAGACGCUGGCGCUGAGCGUCGCCGAGAUGUGCGUCUUUUGGUACGAAAGCAUCGACGAGAUGCACGGCAAGCUCUUCGACGGGUCCGACGACUCCAUCUCGACGCUCGACAACCUGUUCAAGGACGGCAAGCUGAUGCAGAACGGUUACGAGCCCCUGGAUGACCUCGAAAUCCAGGCUGUCUUCUCCAAGGCGCUUUACGCGCUGCUGAUCCCUCAGGCCUGGUCGCUCUCGCCCGGUCUCGGCGUCGUCGUCAUCGACGCCCAGGUCCCAUGCGGCACCAUCGAGCCGCUCAAGGACGACGUGUCGACCGAGGACGGAAACGCGUCGUGGGUGUGCUACAAGGACCGCAUGUACUUCCUCCUUGCGGCGAGUGGAGAAGAGAGAGAUUGCACCCUCGUCCCUGGAGGUGGUCCCGGUUCCUGGGAUUGCAUCUCCAACAAGUUCAGCCUCCCGCCGGGGCUGAAGACAAUGGACGGCAAGGCGUGGGCUGGCCUGAACAAGGAAGAACUGGUGCAGGGGCCAACAACAGACGGCGGCGAGCCGGCCAACACGAGCCUGGAGCCCAAGUCCAUCGGCACGCUUCAGGAUUUGAGCGUCACCGCCCCUGGCGUCAUCUUUCUUCCGAUCUCCACCAUCAAAGAGGCGCGCGAGAACUGGGCAUGGGUGUUUCGCGGGGGCAACCUCUCUGCCCACUAUCCCUGCAACUAA